AGAUACCAGGCCAUAGUAAACGACUAUCAGAGAUUGAAGAAAGUCAGCGAGCUUGAACACUGGCGUCCGGUGUGGAAGUGUCCUAGGAGACCGCCAGAAGUGCGCCAGCCGGAGUCUGGGAGAGUUGCCUUCUGGCCGAGAGGGGGAGCCCCGCUUUCCCAGCGGGGAGCGAUCCGGAGUCCCGAGCCUCCAGCCCUAGCCGCCACCAGCGCCAGUUUUGGCUCCAGCCGAUUAGGAAGAGGAAGAAGAGAGAAACGAGGGCGAAGAGAGAGGGGUCCGGAGUCAGAGGGUCCCAAGUCCAGCACCACAUUGACGUACAGAAACUUUCCCCAUCCGCCACGGAAACGUCGCCGCGGCUGUGCUGGAGAGGAGAUCUCCCGGCUCUGAGGACACCGCAGUUCUCCACGCCCCUGCCCCAAGCCUGACCCGACUGCAUCAGUCAGUAAGGUACCGAGAGACUGCGAUCUGUCUGGGGUCUUCCUUGGCUACCAGCCCAGCUUUCCGCCAGGUAUAUGUGAUUCCAUCUGAUGAUAUACGUAGGAGAGAAAGGGAUUGAAAGAGAACUUGGAUGGCAACUGUAUGAUUGAAACUAUUCAAAGUCAAGUAUCCAUAUUCUUUCAAUUAUAUUUGAACCUACCCAGGAAACCUACACAGAGGAGGAGACUGUGUGAAGACGAAGGCAAGGAGUAGAAUCAUAAGUCAAAGAUCACCUGGAAACAGAGGAAACUGGAAGAAGUAAGGGACAAAAUUUCCCUCAGAGCCUUCAGAGGAAAUGUGGCCUUUAUGACACCUUGAUUUCAAACUUCUGACCUCUGGAACUGAUAUAAAACGUGAUUGAAUUGAACAUUUAUUUGGCUGAUUCUCAUCAUGAACCGUGCUUUUAGCAGAAAGAAAGACAAAACAUGGAUGCAUACGCCUGAAGCUUUAUCAAAACAUUACAUUCCCUAUAAUGCAAAGUUUCUUGGCAGUACGGAAGUGGAGCAGCCCAAAGGAACAGAAGUUGUGAGGGAUGCUGUAAGGAAACUAAAGUUUGCAAGGCAUAUCAAGAAAUCUGAAGGCCAGAAAAUUCCUAAAGUUGAGUUGCAGAUAUCAAUUUAUGGAGUAAAAAUUCUAGAACCCAAAACAAAGGAAGUCCAACACAAUUGCCAGCUUCAUAGAAUAUCAUUUUGUGCAGAUGAUAAAACUGACAAGAGGAUAUUCACUUUCAUAUGCAAAGAUUCUGAGUCAAAUAAACAUUUGUGCUAUGUAUUUGACAGCGAAAAGUGUGCUGAAGAGAUAACUUUAACAAUCGGCCAAGCAUUUGACCUGGCAUACAGGAAAUUUCUAGAAUCUGGAGGAAAAGAUGUUGAAACAAGAAAACAGAUUGCAGGGUUACAGAAAAGAAACUUAGUGUUCUCAUGUGACUUUGCUUCACUUCCUGAUGCUUCUCAUGGGGAUCAGAGCAGCAGAAACAGCAGAUGCUGGAUUCAAGACUUAGAAACAGAAAAUAUGGAACUUAAAAACAAAGUACAAGAUUUGGAAAACCAAUUAAGAACAACCCAGGUAUCAACAUCUCCAGCAGGCAGUGUGACACCUAAGUCACCCUCCACUGACAUCUUUGAUAUGAUUCCAUUUUCUCCAAUAUCACACCAAUCUUCAAUACCUACACGCAAUGGCACACAGCCACCUCCAGUACCUAGUAGAUCUACCGAGAUUAAACGGGACCUGUUUGGAGCAGAACCUUUUGACCCAUUUAACUGUGGAGCAGGAGAUUUCCCUCCAGAUAUUCAAUCAAAAUUAGAAGAAAUGCAGGAGGGGUUCAAAAUGGGACUAACUCUUGAAGGCACAGUAUUUUGUCUCGACCCAUUAGACAGCAGGUGCUGAUGUCAAGAACAAGAGAUCCUGACUCGUGUUAAAUUUAUUUAAUCUACUUAUGUAUCAUUUAUUAUUACUUUAUGACAGGUAUUAUACAUGUGCCAAUAUAUAUUUUUAAUAUCUUCACUUUCCGAAAAUUAUUUUAGUAAAAUUUCCUCAUGCAUUUACUAUUGAUCUGUAACAUUUUAUUUUAAAAACAACUCACUGUAAAGUAAAGCAUACUUCUAUGUUCUUUUCUGUUUCUGUUGUAGAAGAACUUGUAAUCAAAAGACAAAUUAUCCAAAUAUCUGCCUUGUGUCUGAGUUAAAUAGUAAACAUCUUGAAAUUUGUGUCAUAUUCAAGCUGCUAGUUUAUGUUGAUUUCUCAAAAGCCAUACCUUAAUGAUACCUUUCAAAGUCCUAAAGAGAUAUACCAAUACCAAACUAAAUACUAUAUUCAAAAUAAUAAACAUGUUACUAUUCAUUAAACAGAUAUCAUUUUAUGUCUGAAAUGUUGUUCAUAGAAUUGAGAAAAUGUAAACUUUGCUAUAAUGCCACCACGUCAUUUUUAGCAGGUGAAAUAAAAGUAUAAAUUCCAAUAAUAAUUAAAUGAAAUGUAUUUAGAGUAUUAGUAAAUGCAAGAUAAUAUUGUUAUUGUCAGUUAUACUCUAAAUAUUUUAUAUCAUGAAUAAAUAUUGUGAGGAAAAUUAAAAUUUGCUGUUUACAAAAUGCUUAAAAUUUAAUUUCUAAUGAGAUGUUACAUUAUUAAAUGUAUAAACAUCAUCUAAUCUGAUGUUUCCUAAAAGAACAUUUAGAACAUAUACAAUGUCUGUUACCCAUGUUUACUUUACCAAUUAUAUUUUUUCUCAAAAUAAUUGAGAUGCCCCAUUGAUACUUUAAAAUCUAUGGAUUCUAUUAGUUGUGAAUCAAUAUUAUUUAGCAAAUUAAUUUUUUUGUUGUAAUCAAAGUUAGAAUCUCAUUUUCCACAAAAGUCAAGUUGCUGCUCUAUUUAUCUUUUAACAUAAAAAAAAGUUUAUGCUCAAAAUUUAUAUUUGGUUCAUCUCAUUUAAGAAAAAAUAAAUUAAUGAAAAUAUUUGAGUUUAGACUAGGAGUAGAUCUCAAAAAUAGAUUUUUUUUCUUUUUUUUUUUACUUAUGGGAAUUUUCUUCAAAUGCUAAAGGUACAUUACCAGUAGGAAAAAAGUCAAAUAGCUUAUGUAAUAUUAUAUUUGUAUGUAUUUCCAUAUGUUCUAUGGUAUAUAUAGCCUUGUUUGUUGUCUGUUAUCUGCUAAGUUGUACCUUAAUUAGAGGGUAGCAUAUGUUUCAUAAAAAAGAGUCUUUAUAAUUUUGUUUGUCAUAUAGUAUUUUGGAAUUUGUAUAAUGAGGAUGUUUAGAAGCCAUAUCAAUGGCUUUUUUUAACAGAUAGAAUUUGUAUUUUUAUUGUACUUUAAAAAGCUUUAUGUAAUAGGUAUAUAUUUAGUGGCCAUUUAUUAUCAAUGGUAAUACAAUAGAGUACUGAGAUGAUAUUUGCACAUUUAAAUGUUACUUUACCAAUUUUUAAUGGUAAAUCAAUUCUGCUACUGGCAUGAUUAAAUAAUACAUAAUUGGUCAUUAAUUAUGGACAUUUAUUUCACCAGUGCAUUUUUAUGGAAAUCCAGUUGAAAAUUGUAUUUCUAUGUAAACUCAAUGAUAUGUUUGAUUUUGCUGAGAAUAAAUGAUUUUAAAUAAAAUUAAAUUGUAUAAUUUA